GCGUUGGUGAAUACCACUGUGGUGUCUGUUGAUUCAUGCAGAGCCUUCAGUUAGUGGCGCCUCAGGUGAAUAAAUAAAGAUUUACACGGCGAGCUGAGCAGCGCAGGACGUGCCCAGCGGCUCGCCUGAGAGCCAGCCGCUUCUUAAUCGCCUCUGCUUUGUAAGUAGCCCAUAGGUGACCCUGGGUGCGUCAUAUUUUUGGGCAGGUUGCUAAGCUAGCUAACCCAGCGACUGCUGUAAUAACGACGGCGUUAGUGGCUGGAGCGGCCGGUGCUGAGCUGUGGGCUGAGCGAACCUCCCGGGUGCUUGUCGGAGCCAUCCUGACCCUGGGUUACCAUGGCGAUGCGGGAGCUAGUGGAGGCGGAAUGUGGGGGAGCCAAUCCCCUCAUGAAGCUAACAAGUCACAUGACUCAAGAGGGGGGAGCUUGGAGACACAGGUCAACGCCCACUAUUCCCCCCACACCAAUCGAGAUUGCCACAGAGGAGGAGCUGGUGAGCGAAUUUCUCCAGGCCCCCCCUCGGCCUCCUAACAGCUUUGACAUGGGCCAGCUUCUGGAGGAGAUGCAGCAAAUCGACCAGCAGAGCUACAGACAGGCCCCACAGAGAGCUCCAGAUGUAGCCGCAUUGGCGCUGUCCGGCGACUGGGCUGCAGAAUUCCUGUCUGGAGCCGACUCUGCUGCUUCUGCUGGUCAGGCAGGUCUGGACGCAGCGGAUGCUGACUGGACUCGGGAAUUCAUCAAUGACGUAACCGAUCCUGGGCGAUGGGCUGAAGAGUAUCUGGAGCAGUCAGAAGAGAAGCUUUGGUUGGGCGAUCUGGGAGAGAAGGAGCAGGAGAAAGAAUGGACAAAGGAAUAUGAACCAGGAGACGAGCUGAAACAAACCGCCAAUGAACUUCUAGCAAAGGUGGACGACCCCAAGCUACAGAACACAGAGUUCCUGCGGUUCAUUAGGCAGAUUGGCGAGGGCAGUGUGACUGUGGAGGACAGAGCAGGGAAGCAGCUCACUGAUAGAGAACAGGCCAGGGAGGCACACAACUGGGCCUCCAGCUUCUCCCAGUUCCUGGAGAAAACGAGGGGAGGGCCUGUGCAAGUGGAAUCUCAAGAGUACAAAGAGAAGACUGACCAGGCUAAAGCUAAACAGGCAGAGCAGUGGGCUUCUCUCGUCAGGCAGGUCUCUGAGGAAUCUGCAGAAUCCUGGGUGGAUGAGUUUGCCACGUCAGGGCCGGAGUUCCAGCAGGCCAAAGCUGCUGUGGAGAGUGAUGUAGAUUUCUGGGAGAAGCUGCAGCAGGAGUGGGAGGAGAUGGCUAAGCGAGAUGCAGAGGCUCACCCCUGGCUCUCAGACUUUGACCAGAUGCUCAACACCUCUUAUGAUAAGGGGUAUCAGUUUGAGGAGGAGAACCCGUAUCUUUCCCAUGAGGACCCGCUGGCGGAGGGGGUGAGGAGGAUGGAGGCUGGGGAUAUCCCCGGAGCCGUGCGACUCUUUGAAAGUGCUGUGCAGAGAGAACCAGACAACCAGCUGGCCUGGCAAUAUCUGGGAACCUGCCAAGCAGAGAAUGAGCAAGAGUUUGCAGCUAUCAGCGCCCUCCGCAGGUGUAUCGAGCUGAAGAAUGACAACCUGACUGCACUGAUGGCUCUAGCCGUCAGCUUCACCAACGAAUCACUGCACCGGCAAGCCUGCGAGACGCUCCGCGAUUGGCUGAGGCACAACCCCAAAUACCGGCACAUCCUGGAGCAGAGAGAGAGAGAGAAAGACCAAGAGGGAGUCCGAGAGAGAGAAAAGGAGAGGGAGAAAUUCGGAUCCCUGCUGCCAGAGGCUCUGUUUAACGAGGUACAGUCAUUGUUUCUGACGGCAGCUGCUUCUGACCCCACCCGGGUGGACCCUCAGCUGCAGUGUGGUCUCGGUGUGCUCUUCAACCUGAGUGGAGAGUAUGACAAGGCUGUGGACUGUUUCACUGCUGCCCUGUCAGCUACUCCACAGGAUUACUUGCUGUGGAAUAAGCUGGGUGCCACUCUAGCUAACGGCAGUCGAUCGGAGGAGGCGGUGGCGGCCUACAGGCAGGCGCUGGAGCUGCAGCCCGGGUUUGUUCGCAGCCGCUACAACCUGGGGAUCAGCUGUGUUAACCUGGGAGCUCACAGGGAGGCGGUGGAGCACUUCUUGGAGGCGCUGUCUCUGCAGCGGCAGGCUGCAGGAGAGGUAGAAGGUGGAGCGGGUCGAGGACCGGGCGCCGCGGCAACGGUGAUGUCCGACAACAUCUGGUCCACCCUGCGCAUGGCGCUGAGCAUGAUGGGAGAAAGCUCGCUGUACGCCGCAGCGGACCGGCGCGACCUAGACACGCUGCUGGCUCACUUCUGCCAGAGAGAGGGAGAGACUGAAUGAAGGCCGGAGAGGAGGGCGGAGCAGGAGCAAGAGGAGGAGGAGCACAGGGCGGAGCAGCGGAGGGAGGUGCUGUGCGAGUGCGGAGAGAGGUGUCUCGGAAAGACUUGUGAGAGAGGACAGGUGGAGCCGUUAUGAGAAGAUGGUGAGAACAAAGAGGAGGAGACGAGUGUUAAAUGCUCAUAUAACACAUUCAGCACUUACACUGGUGCGAAUGGACAGACUGAUGGCCCGGUGGUAAUCUGGCUGCUCUUCAGAAUUUGGCAGUAUAUCAGAAAGCCCAUAAGUGGUACACCAGUCAGAAGAAACCACCACCAGACCUGCUAGAGCUUCAGAGCUCUCCGUUUGUCCGUUACAUUUUUUCCACGUCUCAAAAACGGCACGUCUCGGCCGUAUCCCCCUGGACACCAGCGAGGACGGUCGGAUUUCACACUGUGAAAGAUAUUUGCCUUCAGUUCCAUUCAUGAGUUCUAUUUGGAAGGAGAAGUUCUGGUCUGGAAGAACCUUGUUCGUGUCUUUUUUCAUCGUCUUUGUUCUGCAGGACAGACUGGUCAGACUGCCAACAAGAGGAAUAAAUGAGAAAAGAGAUGAGAAACGGGAAAUACACACCAACGCUCGCUCUCCUCUCCUCUAUCAUCUGUUCUGUCAGUAGGAUGCCAGCUCACGCUGUAAAUUAAUCAGCUUAAUUGUAAAUGCUGCCAGCCAUCUUGUGUACUGUACUUUAAUUGUAUUAUUAAUAUUGUUAUUAUUAUUAUUAUUAUGCCCGUUUUGAAUAUAGCCAACAGACUGUAAUGAUCAUGUAUGUAAUCCCAGCAAUAAAACUUUGAAAUAAUGA